UUUGGUGAUGGAAAAACAAAUGAAAUUUUUUUUUUAUUAUGGUGAAAUUAUUAAUCAAAAUACACGAAAACUAAAAUAUGGAAUUUGAAGGAUUAAAUAACCAAAUUGAAAAAUUCAACAUUCUUCAAGAUGAAAUGGAUAAAGUCGAACAAAUACGACAACGUUUACGUGAUAGAACCAAAGAAUUGGAAGAAGUUUAUGAACAAAGAUAUGUGAAUCAGAUAUCUACAUUGACUGAAGAGAAUCUGAAGCUGAUGUUGGAUGUACAUCUACUUUCCUAUCAAUGUGAUUUAUUAACUUUUAAUAAUAAUAACAAUAAUAAUCGAAAUGCACAAAACAAUCCAUAUGGAUAUGGACCAUCAAGAUUCAAUAAUCCUUAUAUGAAUCGUAUGGUUCCAUCACGUCCACUUAUUGCCAUUCCUGAUAUGAUAGCUGGUCCAUCAUUCAUGAUCAAUCGAAAUCAAGUUGAACCAUGUUUAGAUAUUGAUAACAAUAUUUUGUCAAGACGAUUACCACAUUCAAAUCAGAUUGCGGCCACUUUACAACCAUGUAAAUUGAUUUCAUCCAAUACUAAUACUACUACUAAUAAUAAUAAUAAUCAAAAAUCACCACCAUUACCACCAAGACCAAAUCGACAACAACAUCCAUCUCGAUCACCACCACCACCACCACCACCAUCGUCUUCUCAAUACAAAUCAGGAGGUCAUGAUCAUCAUCGUCAUCCAAUGAUGAUGACCAAUGAUAGUCAACAACGUAAAUGGAAAUGUGCCCGUUGUACAUUUGAAAAUAGCGAAAGUCUUAACAAAUGUGAAGUCUGUGAAUUUGCACGAUUAGUACCGCCAUUAGAUACGAUCAUAACGAAUAAUCUGGAUUCAUUACAUACAUUGGCCGAUUCCAAACAUUCACCAACAUCACCAUCGCCGCCAACACAUGGACAUCACGGUAAAAAAUGGAACAAACGACAUAAUCAUUGAAUCAGCGGAUGAAUUUUUUUUUUAGAUAACAAACAAAACAUACAAAACCAGUGCCUUGUUACGUUACAACAUUCAACCCAUAUCCAAUUUACCUUCCAAUCGUUGAUAAUGGAUGUAGCAAUGAAACGAUGAAAGAGAAUACAAUAAAUAAAUUAAAUCUUAAUUCAUCCA